GUGGAGGACACCAAGCACCUGCCCAAGGAGAAUUUGGAGCUGAUCCUCACGCAGUCGGUGGAGGAUUUGGGGAGCCGGGGAGACGUGGUCAGCGUGAAGAAAUGCGUGGGUCGUAACAAGCUCCUGCCGCAGGGCCUGGCCGUCUACGCGUCGCCGGAGAACAAGAAGAUGUUUGAGGAGGAGAAGAAGUUGCGCCAAGAAGGGAAACUGGAGGCGCUCCAAACCCAGAGUGGGGAGAAG